AUGCCGUGGACAAAAAUGAGAGAUCCGCAACCGGACAUGUUCAGUCCUACUUGGAGAUACGCUGCUCAGUUGGAGCACUUGGUCGAUCAUCUCUACGAGGUAAUGUCGAGCACAAAAGCGUUACAACUCAACUCGGACAAAUACAUUACGGAUCGCGACGAAUAUCACGCUGCCCUAGAGGAUUUCAGCAAACUCUUUAUUUGUGAUCCUUUUCAAUUGUCCUGUCUCAUUGAUAGGAGUUGA